AUGCUCAUGCUUGUGCUGCUGUUCCUGACACUGUCAGGUAAGUCACUUCUUUUGUUAAUUUUACUUGAAGACUCCAAAAUCAGGCAACUGGACUGUGUAGAGUUGAGAAGAUGUUCUAAGAAUAUCCAAGAAGCUUCUUCAGUUCUUCUUGGAUAAGAGGCGAAACGUCUUCUCAACUCUCCACAGUCCAGUUGCCUGAUUUUGGAGUCUUCAAGAAAACCAUGACCUGGAUGAAUGAGAAUCUACAUGGACAUUUUGUUAAUUCAUUUUGUUAAUUUUAGUUUUUUUCCCCCCUUGAAAUUUAUUCAAGAACAUAAUUCUUGUUUAAUGACUUCAAUAAAAUAUGAAUAUAUCUAUAUUGUGACCUAUGAAAUUAUUUGAUUUGCAGAUGAUGUGAUUCUCUGCAUUUGUGUUUUUCUUUUCAUCAAAAUCUAUCAAGUUUAAAAUUUUGAAUGUUGAAUCCCAUGUCCUGUAUGUACUGUGUAGUACUAAAGUGGCGCCCAUGGUUUCCAAAAAGAACGUCAAACCUUGACACAGUAAAUGGGCUCAGGUUUAGAGCAGCAGUUCAGGAUAAUUUUCAAGAGUUUUCUAUUUGUAAGGUGCGGUUUUAACCUACAUAUGUAGAUGCAGAGAAUACUUGAAUAGUUAGUUCUGAAUAGUUUCAGAAGUAAUUAUAAAUAAGGGGCCGUUUAAGGUACAGGAAUGCUGAUUAAGCUAAUUUGGUUAACUUGGCCAUGUCAUACUAAACUGCGGCUCUGUUGCUCACCAUCAUAAAUAGUUCAAAGCAGUGUUGUAAUCAGAGCAUCUCUCUGAACUCUGCUGAAAUGAGACUUUGGACACCGUGGAUUUAUCCCACUGUAAGUAAAAAGCUUUGGCCGACAUCCUACUCUCGCCUAAUGGUUAAUAAUUGAUAUAAAAGGCCAAACUGUUAUGUUUCUGUCAAAGGAGUUUGUUUAACCAGCAAUGACGUAUUAGGCUGUAUGAUCCUCAUUGUGACCCUUGACACCCUUCACAGGUCUCCAGGCUGCCCCAAUCGCAGGCCCUAAAAGUUUGCAGAGGAUUUCUCCAACCUACAGGCUGCCUGAUGGCUUUCGACAGGGCACUGAACACUCUGGCAUCCGUAUGCCUAUGCCUGAAGACUUUCGACAAGGCACUGAGCCCUCCAGGAGAUUCAUCGUUAACCUCAAGACCGGCCUAGUGCAGGAUGACAUCAGUGAGAUGGGGAGAAGAGUGGGUAAGAAUAUAAGCAAAGCUAAUCAAGAUCAACACGUGAACCCAUUUUGGUGUCUUACUUAAACCCAGUUUCUUUUCUAGAUUUCAUUCCUCCUAAAGGAAAUGGAUUUGGAGAGAUGAAGAGAAGACACUGGCCACUUGAAGAGGGUGAGCGACCUAAAGGCAGAGCUAAGUGCAGCGCUUGGUGUCUGAUCUAGAAGAGCAACACCUCAGUGCUUCACAUUUGAGCAAAAAGUAAAGCCAUAGGUUCUUGACUGAAGAAUCUAACAAUUGUAUGUCUUCUAGUCCCUGAAGAUGUUCCAGCCCAGAGAAGUGGCAAUGGUUGGGUCCGUGUCAAAGAACCCUCUGCGUUUCGUCUGCCUGAUGGAUUUAGACAAGGAACUGAACCAGUAAAGACAAUCCCAGAAGGUUUCAGACAGGGAACAGAACCCAUAAAGACCAUUCCAGAUGGUUUUAGACAGGGAACAGAACCCAUUAAGACAAUCCCAGAUGGCUUUAGACAGGGAACAGAACCCAUGAUCCCCGCCUCAGGUGCUCUUAUGCAAGAAGCCAAGCCAGCAAUGUCCAUCCCAGCUGGUUUCAGACAGGGAACUGAACCUGUUCGUAACAUCCCAGAGGGUUUCAGACAGGGAACAGAACCUAUCAAGACAAUCCCAGAGGGUUUCAGACAGGGAACAGAACCUAUCAAGACAAUCCCAGAGGGUUUCAGACAGGGAACGGAACCCAUUAAGACAAUCCCAGAUGGUUUUAGACAGGGAACAGAACCCAUGAUCCCCGCCUCAGGUGCUCUUAUGCUAGAAGCCAAUCCAGCAAUGUCCAUCCCAGCUGGUUUUAGACAGGGAACAGAACCUAUCAAGACCAUCCCAGAAGGUUUCAGACAGGGAACAGAACCCAUUAAAACCAUCCCAGAUGGUUUUAGACAGGGAACAGAACCCAUGAUCCCCGCCUCAGUUGCUCUUAUGCUAGAAGCCAAUCCAGCAAUGUCCAUCCCAGCUGGUUUCAGACAGGGAACAGAACCCAUUAAGACCAUCCCAGAAGGUUUCAGACAGGGAACAGAACCCAUUAAGACAAUCCCAGAUGGAUUUAGACAGGGAACAGAACCCAUUAACCUCAAGGCACCAGACAAAGACAGUUGCAUGCCUAGGGGAGGUCAUCAAUGGAAACUGCUAUGAGUACAACCCCACACCACUUGCUUUUCAGGACGCACAGGUCAGACACACUUUAUUUUAUAGUUACAGACAGAGGGUUAUUCCCUCAUUUAAAGUUUUUUCAUGAUCCAAUCUCAGCUCUAAUCCCUAAAUCCUUACUGACAAUGAAUCGUAAACUUUUUCUUCCCAGCUUUUAUGUCGAGCUCGAUCCCCAAAUGCUGAGCUUGCAUCUGUGACAAACGGUGAUCUGCAUUCGCGCCUGGUCUCCCUGGUGACCGAGGGUGGCAAGAAUAACCCCAGGUUGACGUGGCUGGGAGGCACGAUCAAGGCAAGUCUGAGUUUUCAUCAGUAACCCCUUAUUCUUUGUUUAAGAAUACACUGCAGAGGUUAUGAGCUUUCAUUAAGAUGUCUCUCCUCUCAAAAAUAGAAUUCAAAGUAAAUUAUAUUCUUCAACAACAUAGCAAUAAUAGAAACAAAGACUCUUUUCCAGCACUAUCUCCAUUUACUGUUUUAACAUGCUCACUGGCGUUGACGUCGGCACUGUACUCCUCUGCAGAGUGGAGGCCAAGGGGAGUGUCAUCAGAUAUGGUAUCAAGAGGACAGAUAGUGUUAUUGUUACCUUGGUGGAACACUGACCUCUGAACUUUUAUUUUGAAAUGUUCCAUCUGUUCCUGGACUUAAAGUCCCCUGCAAUGACUAAAAAAAAGCUACACUUUUAGAGAGAUUAUUCUAAAAGCACUUAUUCUCACAGAGAACUUUCUACAGUGUAAUUGCCUGAAGAACAUUCAAAUAAUCCCUUAAUUACAGUUUAAGCUUUUAUAAAGAAUUGUUUGACUGAGUUUGUUUUUGUUUUGCCUCUCAGAACCAGAAAGCCUCAUGGAGUGAUGGGUCAGAGUGGAAAUACAGUGACUGGAUGCCAGGUCAUCCCAAUAUACACACUGAUAAGGCUGUUUGUGUGGAGAUGUUCAAGAUAGGUAAGGUUUGCGCUAAAUACAAACAAUACACAAGUUUUGCACAAGUAAAACCACUUUUAGGUGAGAGAUGUUAAGUUUUAAAACACAUUAUUACUCGUUUCAUUAUGUACAGGUGUGUGGUUGCUUUAGUGUCACUUGAUCUACUUUUACUAAUGUUUUCUUUGAAUGAGGUUAAACUAUUUGUUACAUAUUAAACUUUAUUGCUCUAUUAAUUCAAAGGUUGUGAAUCAAAGAGGUUGAGAUCAGCUUGAGUGUAUCACAGAAACUUGAUAAGAUAUCAGAAUAUUAACUUGACCUGAGGUAUUACACCCUUUGGCACACCUGAAAAUCUAGUUCACAGACGCCCUCAGUGCCCUUACACUUUAAGCUCCACACUUCAAGUUCCUUAUAGGAGCUUUAAAUAUUUGAAACUCUAAUACAGUGUGUCCUUAAUGAACCUGUCCCUACCACUUUUUGCAGAUCAGAGCUGGUGGACUGCAGCCGACUGCGAGCUGAAGAGAGCAUCCAUCUGCUCAUUCUCCAUCUCUGCGUGA